CACUAAUCAAGAACUCAAACCCCAUCACCAAAAUGCAAGCAGUAAUAUUCAAAGGCCCUUUGGAGGUCACACUGGAAACGCGCCCUAUCCCGCAGAUCCAGGAUCCUACAGAUGCAAUCAUCAAAGUCCGCUACACAGCACUAUGCGGCAGUGAACUCCACGUUUUCCGCGGGCACCAACCCUCCAGCACAGGCUUCAUAAUGGGCCACGAAUUCACCGGCGAAGUCCUCGAAACCGGCCCCGCAGUCAAAAACUUCAAAAAGGGCGAUUGCGUCGUCUCCCCCUUCACCAUCAGCUGCGGCGAAUGUUUCUACUGCGCCCGGGGCUGUUCCUCGCGGUGCGCCAAGGGGAAGCUGUUUGGCUCGGCGGUGCUGGACGGGGGACAGGCGGAGUACGUGCGUGUCCCGUUGGCGGAUGGCACGCUGGUCGCGGCGCCGGCUGCCGUGGAUGAGAAGAAGCUGGUGUUGAUGGCUGAUAUCUUCCCGACGGGGUACUUUGCCGCGAGGAAUGCGUUUCGGGGGUGGGAGGGGAGGUUGUGCGGGGAGUACGGUCGUGCUUUUUGGGUUGCGUUGGAGUAUCGGCCGGCGGCUUUGAUUGCGGUGGAUAGUGUGCCGGAUAGACUGGAGCGAGCGAGGAGCUUGGGUGCGGAGGCGUGGAAUUUCCAGACGGAUGCGCAGGGGCUGCGGGAGAGGGUGCUCGAGCUGACGGAUGGGCGGGGGCGGAUCAGCGCGCUGCGGAUGGCGUUUGAGUUGUUGAGGCCGUGGGGAAGGAUCUCGAGUGUGGGUGUGCAUAAUGGGGAGAUUCCAUGGACGGGGAAUGAGGCGUAUGGGAAGAAUCUGCAGAUUCAGAUGGGGAGAUGUCCUGUUCGGAGCAUCUUUGGGGAUGCGUUGGAAUUGCUGGUGAAGAAACAGGAUUCACUGGAGUUUAUGACUGCUGAUAUUCGACCGCUGUCGGAAGCUAUUGCGGCGUACGACGACUUCAAUCAGAUGAAAUCCCAGAAGAUCAUCUUUGAAGCCGGAAAGUAAUAGCAGGAG